AUGGCAACAUAUAUUGAUAAGAGAGGUGAGUUGUCUCUACGCAUCCUUCUGAUUGCCAACGACGCUCGUGAACAAUUGUCGUUUUCUACUGCAUGCUCGACUGAGGGUCUUGUUGUCGCAGGUGCGCAAUCUUCGAGUGCUAAGAGGACUGCGCCGAAGAAACCGGCUAAUGGCAACAAUCAGUUGAACGGAAGCGUGGCUCCUGCUUACUCAACCAUGCCUGGCCUCGGCGACCACGAAUUCCCUGGAUUCCCUCACGAAGAUUGCCCAGCUGACAUGCCAGACCUUUCUGAGCAUCAUAGUGUCAUGGCCGACGUGUUAAAGGCUGAUCCUGAGAUAUAUGCCAAACUCAAAGGCAAGAAAACGCCGAACGGAGUUAGCCUCGCGAAGUGCAUCAAAACCGGGAUGGACAACAAGGGGCAUCCCAUGAUAAAAACAGUCGGUAUGGUAGCUGGUGAUGAGGAGAGCUACGAGGUCUUCAAAGAGCUAUUCGAUCCUGUCAUCGACCAACGCCAUGGUGGUUACCCUCCUGAUGCCAAGCACCCCACUGAUCUAGACUAUACCAAACUCCUCGAUACUCCAAUUGAUCCUUCUCAAAACUACGUCAUAUCCACUAGAGUGAGGACGGGUCGCAGUGUGCGUGGAAUUAGACUUCCACCAUCUUGCACCAAAGAAGAGAGGAGAGAGGUCGAGAGAGUCUUAACUAAGGCACUGAAAGCCUUGGGUGGAGACCUGGCUGGUGACUACUAUCCGCUUGCUGGCUCGGAUAGCUAUCCUGAGAAGCCUGGGGGAAUGAGUGCCGCUGAGGAGCAUCAAAUGCGUGAAGAUCACUUCCUCUUCCAAGAGCCUGACUCUACUCUUUUACUGUCGUCUGGUAUGGGCCGACACUGGCCGGAUGCUCGUGGUAUCUUCGCCAACGAUCAGAAGAACUUCCUAGUUUGGGUGAAUGAAGAAGACCACAUGAGAAUCAUAUCCAUGCAGAAGGGUGCCGACAUUAAGACUGUUUUCACUCGAUUCUGUGAUGCAGUUAACAAAGUGCAGGAGGUUGUCAAGCAAGAAGGCUACGACUUCAUGCAUAAUGACCAUCUCGGUUACGUCCUCACAUGUCCAAGCAACCUUGGCACUGGUCUUCGUGCAUCUGUCAUGGUGAAGGUUCCACUACUCUCAGCUAGGCCCGACUUCAAGGAUAUCUCUAAAUCCUUGCACCUUCAAGCUCGUGGUGGUGCUGGAGUUGACAGCGCCAGCGUUGGUGGUAUCUGGGACAUCUCCAAUAGUGAUAGAAUUGGCAAGUCUGAGGUCGAGCUCGUGAACAUCAUGAUCUCGGGGUGCUCGAAGAUCGUCCAAAUGGAGCAGGCAUUGGAGAAGGGCGAUACAGCUGCUUUCGAGGCACUCAAACCUGCCAGCACUCAAUCGUCUUCUGGUGAUCACCCUGACUACUCGACCAUGCCUGGCCUCGGCGACGACGAGUUCCCUGGAUUCCCCCAUGAAGAUUGCCCACCUGACAUGCCAGACCUUUCUGAGCAUCAUAGUGUCAUGGCCGACGUGUUAAAGGCUGAUCCUGAGAUAUAUGCCAAACUUAAAGACAAGAAAACGCCGAACGGAGUUAGCCUCGCGAAGUGCAUCAAAACCGGGAUGGACAACAAGGGGCAUCCCAUGAUAAAAACAGUCGGUAUGGUAGCUGGUGAUGAGGAGAGCUACGAGGUCUUCAAAGAGCUAUUCGAUCCUGUCAUCGACCAACGCCAUGGUGGUUACCCUCCUGAUGCCAAGCACCCCACUGAUCUAGACUAUACCAAACUCCUCGAUACUCCAAUUGAUCCUUCUCAAAACUACGUCAUAUCCACUAGAGUGAGGACGGGUCGCAGUGUGCGUGGAAUUAGACUUCCACCAUCUUGCACCAAAGAAGAGAGGAGAGAGGUCGAGAGAGUCUUAACUAAGGCACUGAAAGCCUUGGGUGGAGACCUGGCUGGUGACUACUAUCCGCUUGCUGGCUCGGAUAGCUAUCCUGAGAAGCCUGGGGGAAUGAGUGCCGCUGAGGAGCAUCAAAUGCGUGAAGAUCACUUCCUCUUCCAAGAGCCUGACUCUACUCUUUUACUGUCGUCUGGUAUGGGCCGACACUGGCCGGAUGCUCGUGGUAUCUUCGCCAACGAUCAGAAGAACUUCCUAGUUUGGGUGAAUGAAGAAGACCACAUGAGAAUCAUAUCCAUGCAGAAGGGUGCCGACAUUAAGACUGUUUUCACUCGAUUCUGUGAUGCAGUUAACAAGGUGCAGGAGGUUGUUAAGCAAGAAGGCUACGACUUCAUGCAUAAUGACCAUCUCGGUUACGUCCUCACAUGUCCAAGCAACCUUGGCACUGGUCUUCGUGCAUCUGUCAUGGUGAAGGUCCCACUACUCUCAGCUAGGCCCGACUUCAAGGAUAUCUGUAAAUCCUUGCACCUUCAAGCUCGUGGUGGUGCUGGAGUAGACAGCGCCAGUGUUGGUGGUAUCUGGGACAUCUCCAAUAGUGAUAGAAUUGGCAAGUCUGAGGUCGAGCUCGUGAACAUCAUGAUCUCUGGAUGCUCGAAGAUCGUUCAGAUGGAGCAGGCAUUGGAGAAGGGCGAUACAGCUGCUUUCGAGGCACAGCUUCCUACGUCUGACUAA